UCAUUGAUGCGUUCGCUGCAGUCGGAGCGGACUAUCACUCUGCCUUUUUGCGUUUGCGCCUGUAGUUUUUUUUCGUGCUUCGUCGCUGUUUAACCCCAAUCCUUUCAAUUUCUGCUCAAUUAGAGCAUCACCAAACAGCAGCCAGUCACCAUGACGGAGGCGGAGACGGUGGAGAAGGAGCACAAGUCCAGCAACGGCAGCAAUGUUCCUCCAGAGGCCACCAGAGAAGAUGCGUUUGAUUCCUCAUACAAAGAGAAAGAAGGCCCUAAACCUCCCAGGAUCAUCGUAUGGAGAAACGUCUUCCUGAUGCUUCUGUUGCAUAUAGGUGCAGCGUACGGCAUCUUCCUCAUCCCCACAGCAUCUCCUUUGACCUUGCUUUGGUCUCUAUUUUGUUUUGUGCUAAGUGCUUUAGGAAUCACUGCAGGAGCUCAUCGUCUGUGGAGUCACAGAUCCUACAAGGCUUCGUUACCUCUGAGGAUCUUUCUCUGUAUCGCUAACUCCAUGGCAUUCCAGAAUGAUAUCUUUGAAUGGGCUAGAGAUCACAGGGUUCACCACAAAUAUUCAGAGACAGACGCUGACCCUCACAACGCCGUGCGGGGGUUCUUUUUUGCUCACAUCGGGUGGCUCCUGGUGCGCAAACACCCUGAUGUCAUCACAAAAGGACGGAAGCUGGAGCUGAAAGACCUGAUGGCUGACAAAGUUGUGAUGUUUCAAAGGAAGUAUUAUAAGCUAUCUGUGCUGCUCAUGUGCUUCUUCAUACCCAUGUCUGUGCCUUGGUACCUGUGGGGGGAAUCCCUGUGGGUGGGCUACUUCAUCCCGGCUGUGCUGAGGUACACCUUGGUGCUUAACGCUACCUGGCUGGUCAACAGCGCCGCUCACAUGUGGGGGAACAGACCCUAUGACAAGAACAUCAGCCCCAGAGAGAAUAGGUUCGUCACGUUCAGUGCAAUAGGUGAAGGAUUUCACAACUACCACCACACUUUCCCGUACGACUAUGCAACCAGCGAGUUUGGCUGCAAGUUGAACCUCACCACCGCGUUCAUCGACUUCAUGUGUUUCUUGGGCCUGGCCAAGGACUGCAAAAGAGUGUCCCGAGAGCAGGUCCUGGCCCGGAAACAACGCACGGGAGACGGCAGCCACCGAAGUGGCUGAGACUGUCGGACUCCAAGACAAAAGAAGAAGCCUCACAGUCCUUUGACAGCGAUACAUUUCUCAUGCCCUAUGGAUAAGAGUCAACUUCACUAGGGCCUUGACCACAUUUUGCUUGUUUUUGUGGUUUUUGUAGCUGUAACUAAAGAAAUUGUUCAAGAUGGAUUAAAAAAAAAAUAAAAAAUUGACGUGUUGCUAAGCCCUUGGCCUUUGUUUCCGAUUACUCAGACCAGGCCAAGGUCUUGCAAUGAUACAAGAUGUUUUAGAUUUGAAGUAGAUUAAUUUAAAAGUCGAUUUCAUUUUCCGCUGUUUUGCUAUUUUGGUGUGCAUUUUUCAUGCAAAGUCAGUCGUGUAGCCAACCAUUUUUCUGUAAGUAUUACUCAAUUAUUAAUCAAAUAUGUCACAGAGCGAGGAACUGCGAUUUAGAGUGACCGAUUGGAGACUGUUGCCUUUGACAUUGUCACAGUUUACGGUGAAUUCUUAUAUAGUUCUGGUAAAAAUACAUUUGGAGUGUUUUUUAGAUUUAAUAGAAAAGGGGUGAGCGAUAUCAGUCAUUUUCAUGCUGGCUUUUAAGAAAUAUGGCACAUGAUGUAAAAGAAAAGGCUAACCCCAGACCUUCUUCCCAUGACUGUCCAGACGACCAGUGAGCCAAAAAUGCACAGAAACCUGGUUUAAGUGUGUUUCGGUGUGUAUGAUUUAGAUCGACUGUACGAAAUGGACGCAUCGUUUAUCUAGUCUGUGUAAUAAUCACGGUUGGAAAAAAUAUAGACGCUAGUUUCAUGAAAAUACUUGGGUUACAUUUCAUCACUUCGAGGUUUAUUGUUUUAUAAAAGGCGCGGCAUUUCUAAAAAAAAAAAAAAAAGCUGUCGACUAAAUAUUAAAGGCUAACAGUGGCAAGAAAAUAUUAUUUUAAUUGCAAAAUAAACUGCCUCUUUUAAGGGAAAAAAGCUGAAUCAGUAAGUAGUUAAACAGGAAACACUAAAAUAGUUUUAGCUUGUUGCGAAAAUAUUCACCCGGGAAUCAAGUAUCAUUACAAUAAUGAUGCUCUAUAUAUUUAUUUAUAUUUAUAUGUGUCAAAAUCAUUGUUGUCGGUCAAAUAAAAAAAAAGUAUAUAUAUAUAUAUAUAUAAAAGAUUCUUUCUUAAUCGCAGCAGAAAUUAUCAAUCAACAUAAUGAUUGGGAGAUAAAUUGAAAACAUUAGUUAGUCGUAGUCAUAGUUUACCAUCUUUUCUGACUAUUUAUUGAAUAUUUAUUGACUAUUGAUGAUUCAGUACCAGGGUUGAUACUUGGCCCGGGUAAAUCCUGCAUAAGGCCUUCUCAGGACAGCAUAUUUAAGACAAUACUGCCACUGAAAGUUAACAGCAGACAAUAGAAAAAUGACAAAAAACCUGACUUUGCUGUGCUUUAAUAUUUGCAUCAUCGUGCCAAGAUGUCACCUUUGAACCAUCUUUACAGACUGCAGCACAGCCAGUCAGUUUUACCUUUUCAUGAUUGUUUCUAUUUUUUUUUUUUUUUUUAAACAUAGUGCUUUGCUUCACAUUCCAUCUCCUUCCAUCCCGAAAACCUUUUGCGCCAGAGAACAGGUGGAUGUAGCAGCCAGUCGUGUGACAGUUGUGGUUUUUAACGCAGCAACAUGUCAUCCAUGCAUGAUGAUGUACUGUAGGUGUUGUAGUGAGAUGUUUGUCCGAUGGCAGAACUGCAUCUAUUUUUGUAAAAAUGUACUGUGUGCGAGGCAGCUUUUGAUCAACGCAACUGCUGCCGUGGUGAUUUUUGAGAUGGAGUCUGGUUUCCCUUUGCCCUCCUACGAAGAAAAAAAACCUUCAGGUGCAUUGGUGUUUAUUAUGUACAUCAAUUCUGGUGUGUGGAAUGCCUAUAUUCUAUUAUUUAUGUCUUGUUUUUCUUUUUUGCUGAAAAAAAAAAAAAAAAAAAAAAAUUUGCUCAAGCCAGAACAAGUUUUCUGCAGAUCUCAGAUUUGGCAGGUCUCAAAAUGUAUUGAAAUCAAGCACCUGUUUAUUAUUUCCCAGAAGUCAGGAUACUACCUAAUGCCUUAUGACCUGCAUCCAUUUCUGAUCUUCUUCACAUCCUGUCAGACAAAAAAAAAAAAAAGGUACCACAACUCAAAUGUGAUGCUUACAGGCUGAAGCGGCAGGUGUUUUUAUCCGUACAAGGCAAGCAAACGGUAGCAAGACAACAUCAGAGUACUGUACUAGAGAUUUACGUCCAAUGUUUUAUCCAGAGAGAUUUUAACUAGCAACCUCUGGGCCUGUCCGGACGGAUGCGCCAAUUAUUUCAAAGCUGUUUCGCGGCAUCUCGGUAUGAAAACGUCCAACAGAGGUGCUUCUAGCUGUUGUAAAGAAUGUUAGAACAUGGUCCGAGCACCUACUGUACCCAACGCAACAACAUCACAAGCCAUGCAAAUAACUGCAGCUGUUCAGAUCAGAGCGCCAAAAUCUGCAUUUCACAAAGACGAGGUGGAUCAAAAGGUUGUCAGUCUGAAUGAUUACUUGUAUGUCAAAUCUGAACUGUAUUCUAUUACAAAAUAAAGUUCCCAAUAUUUUCAA